CGCAGCGCGGGAAGCUGUCAGCAGGGAGCAGCCAUGGACGUGUGUGAGGUAGAGUUCAUGGCGGAAAAGGAGUUGGUGACAGUGAUCCCCAACUUCAGCCUGGACAAGGUCUAUCUGAUAGGGGUAAGCCGGCAUUAAUGCAGCCAGAGGGGAGUGUGUGGGGAACCAGUGACCCUCCACCGGGGGAGGACUGCCUGCUGGCUGAGCAUCAUGGGAAUUGUAGUCCUCACCGGCUGGAGUGCUCUAGGUAUCCCUCCAGUGACAGCUGCCAUUACCUGUGUCUAUUACACUAAUAUAUAAUAUAUAUAUCUAUCUGCUAUAUUCCAGUCAAUAUAUUGUGUAUUACACACACACACACACAUUGCUGUUAUAUUCCAAUCAGUAUAUUGUGUAUUACACACACACACACACACAUUGAUGUUAUAUUCCAGUCAGUAUAUUGUGUAUUACACACACACACACACAUUGAUGUUAUAUUCCAGUCAGUAUAUUGUGUAUUGCUACACACACACACACACACAUUGAUGCUAUAUUCCAGUCAGUAUUGUGUAUUACACACACACACACACACACACAUUGAUGUUAUAUUCCUGUCAGUAUAUUGUGUAUUUUACACACACACACAUUGAUGUUAUAUUCCUGUCAGUAUAUUGUGUAUCACACACACACAUUGAUGUUAUAUUCCUGUCAGUAUAUUGUGUAUUUUACACACACACACACACACACACACACUGCUGUUAUAUUCCAGUCAGUAUAUUGUGUAUUACACACACACACACACACACACACACACACACACACACACAGAUGUUAUUCCAGUCAGUAUAUUGUGUAUUACACACACACACACACUGCUGUUAUAUUCCAGUCAGUAUAUUGUGUAUUACACACACACACAUUGAUGUUAUAUUCCAGUCAGUAUAUUGUGUAUUACACACACACACACACACACACAUUGAUGUUAUAUUCCUGUCAGUAUAUUGUGUAUUACACACACACUUACACACACAUUGAUGUUAUAUUCCAGUCAGUAUAUUGUGUAUUACACACACACACACACACACACACACAUUGAUGUUAUAUUCCAGUCAGUAUAUUGUGUAUUACACACACACACACACACACAUUGAUGUUAUUCCAGUCAGUAUAUUGUGUAUUACACACACACACACACACACAUUGAUGUUAUAUUCCAGUCAGUAUAUUGUGUAUUACAUACACACACACACACACACACAUUGAUGUUAUAUUCCAGUUGCAUAUUGUGUACAAGCACACACACACACACACACACACACAUGAUGUUAUAUUCCAGUUUCGUAUAUUGUGUAAUACACACACACACACACACACACACACACACACACACACAUUGAUGUUAUAUUCCUAGUUGGGGUAUAUUGUGUAUUACACACACACACACACACACACACACACACAUUGAUGUUAUAUUCUGUGUCAGUGUAUAUUGUGUAUUACACACACACACACACACACACACACACACUGAUGUUAUAUUCUGUCAGUAUAUUGUGUAUUACACACACACACACACACACACACACACACACACACUGAUGUUAUAUUCCUGUCAGUAUAUUAUUGUGUAUACACACACACACACACACACACACACUGAUGUUAUAUUCUGUCAGUAUAUUGUGUAUUACACACACACACACACACACACACACACACACACACUGAUGUUAUAUCUAGUCAGUAUAUUGUGUAUCAUUUUACACACACACACACACACACAUUGAUGUUAUAUCUGAAGUCAGUAUACUGUGUAUUACACACACACACACACACACACACACACACACACACACACAUUGAUGUUAUAUUCCUGUCAGUAUAUUGUGUAUUUUACACACACACACAUUGAUGUUAUAUUCCUGUCAGUAUAUUGUGUAUCACACACACACAUUGAUGUUAUAUUCCUGUCAGUAUAUUGUGUAUUUUACACACACACACACACACACACACACUGCUGUUAUAUUCCAGUCAGUAUAUUGUGUAUUACACACACACACACACACACACACACACACACACACACACAGAUGUUAUUCCAGUCAGUAUAUUGUGUAUUACACACACACACACACUGCUGUUAUAUUCCAGUCAGUAUAUUGUGUAUUACACACACACACAUUGAUGUUAUAUUCCAGUCAGUAUAUUGUGUAUUACACACACACACACACACAUUGAUGUUAUAUUCCUGUCAGUAUAUUGUGUAUUACACACACACACUGAUGUUAUAUUCCAGUCAGUAUAUUGUGUAUUACACACACACACACACACACACACACACACACACAUUGAUUUUAUAUUCCAGUCAGUAUAUUGUGUAUUACACACACACACACACACACACACACACAUUGAUGUUAUAUUCCAGUCAGUAUAUUGUGUAUUACACACACACACAUUGAUGUUAUAUUCCAGUCAGUAUAUUGUGUAUUACACACACACACAUUGAUGUUAUAUUCCU